AUGUCUGAAGCAUUUCAUAAUUUUGUCAUGGGGCUACGCGACUUUAUAAAGGAGUAUUUUCUUGGUUUCUGGGACUAUGAGACACCAAAAGUGAUGGUGGUUAAAAACAGAACUCUUGGAGUCAUAUACAGAGCCGUUCAGUUUCUUGUGAUCACCUAUUUCAUCUGGUAUGUCUUCAUAAGUCAGAAAGCCUACCAAGAGAGUGAAACUCGUCCGGAGAGCUCAGUUUACACACUCAUGAAAGGCACAGCAGUCCAUGGAGAUGAUAUCUUGGACACUGUGGAGUAUGCUCGACCAUCAGAAGGCGGUGAUGUGAUUAGUACAAUACUGAGACGAGAAGUUACGUACGAUCAGAGGCAAGGGACCUGCGCUGAGUAUUUCAAUGUUGCCAACGCCAACUGCACAACAGACUCUGACUGUGUCCAGGGAGAGGUUGACUUUGAUGGCCAUGGCAGAAGGACCGGCAGAUGUGUGCAGUACUAUAACCACACCUUCAAAACCUGUGAGAUCCAAAGCUGGUGUCCUAUUGAGGAGUACGCUGUAGUACGAGAACCUGCAUUAGUGGAGGCCGUCAAUUUCACAGUGUUCAUCAGGAACUCGAUCCACUUCCCGAAAUUUAAAGUGCUGAGAGGAAACAUCAAAGAUGCUUCAACCAAGCGUGACAUACAGAAAUACCUCAGUAAGUGUCAUUAUCAUGAGGAGAAAGAGCCCUACUGUCCAAACUUCCGCCUGGGCUACAUCGCAGAAAAGGCGAGGGAGAAUUUCAGUGAGCUGUGCCGGACUGGGGGAGUGAUAGGGAUUUUCAUCAACUGGAAGUGUAACCUGGACAUCGAUGCUUCACACUGUAAACCUACAUAUUCCUUCCGUCGCCUUGACCUCCGAAAGGAUCAGGCCAACUCUGGUUACUAUUACAGGUUUGCCAAAUAUUACAGAAAGGGUGGGGUGGAGUCUCGGACACUUAUCAAGGCCUACGGCAUUCGUCUGGAUGUCAUAGUUCACGGACAUGCUGGUAAAUUCAGUCCCAUCCCGACCAUCAUCAGCACAGUGACUGCUAUGACUUCAGUUGGGAUUUGCACCAUCAUCUGUGACUGGAUCAUGCUGACGUUUAUUGACAAGAAUGAAGUCUACAGUGAGAGGAAGUUUGAUGAGAUUAUCAAGGAGCCCGCGGUGCCCAUGCCCACAGAGCUCAGCUACAUCAACAGAUACGGCUCAGACCAUUCAGACCUGUCAGAAGGUGUGCCGCUGUAA